AUAAAUCACUAAACACCGGAAGUAGGUUUUUGAAUGUUGGCAACAAGGUAGUGACGUAAUUGUUGGCAUCAUUUAACAAGCGUGUUUCGUUUCUUUUGUGAAUCUUAAAGUUGUUUAUAAAUCGGUUUAUUUUGUGCGGGGGAUAAAAUGGGUGCUCCAGUACAAGGAAGAGGCGGCAAUAAAAGAGGGGCGGCACAGAAGCGUGGAAGAGGUAAGCCGCGACAAGGGCGUGCUCCAUUUAAUGGCCCGCCGCCAUUUCCCGGCGGUAUGAGACCCAUGAGAGGCGGUUUGAGACCGCCGAUGCCGCCUGCAAUGAGGGGCGGCAGGCCGCCAAUGCGCGGAAGACUCAUGAGAGGUCCUCCACUACCGCCCCCGAUGAUGGGGCCGGGCCCCAGAGGCCCGCCACCACCGGGCAUGUUUGGGCCCCCAGGUAUGCGCCCGCCGCCGGGCAUGAGACCGCCGCCGCCGCACAUGAUGCGCCCUCCCAUGCCACCGCCAAUGAGGGGCGGUUUCAGAGGCAUGCCGCCAAGAAAGGGCAGAUUCCCUCCGAACUUCAGAGGCAUCAAUCCCAAAGGCAAACUAAUCAAAAAAAGGCCCAAGACAAAGCAAAUGGAUGCCACAAAGGAAUUUGUAACGCAGGAAAUCAAAGAUGAACUCACAAAGAAAGAAGAACUUUUAAAGAAAGCUAAAGCUUCACAAGACAAAGCUGACUGGACUGCAUUUAGAGAGCAACGAGAGAAGUGCACCCAACUGUAUGUGGCUGCUGAAAAGGAGCAUGCCGGGCAACAGGAGGGAUCUUCACACUAUGAAGAAUAUGGUUACAGUGAUGAAGAAUCCUAUGAAGGUGAAGAAUAUUAUGAAGAUGAAGAAUAUUAUGAAGAGGUGGAAACAGAAGAAAACUUUGCGUGUGACACGUGCGAAAAGGAGUUUUUUACACGCCAACAUUACGAAAAACACAUGUCCGAACAUAGAACAUGUAAUUUAGACGGUUGUACCUUUACAGCACAUGAGAAAAUUAUAGAGAAGCAUAUAAGAAUGCAACAUGCUUCUGGUUUGUACGAUAAAAUAAGGAAUAUAAGUACUCCAGAGGAUAUACAAAAAUGGAUAAUGGAGAGAAAGAAAAAGUACCCCAAUAAAGAUAAUAUUGAAAGAAGAUAUAAGGAGCAGGAAGAAAAAAUAAAGAGGGGGGAAAGGAUUGAGAAAAAGGAGAAUAGGUUUGGGAAGGAUAAAUAUAGAUUGUCAAAAGGCCCCCGCACGGAAAAUAAAACUCAAAAAAAGAAGCCAACUCAAAAUAAAAAACAGGUGGUGCCAAAAUCGAUUAUCGACGAAAAAUGCGACUGGAAUGGAGGCAUGUUUCCUUUCCGCGGAACCGUGGAGUUAUACGGAGAAAAAGAGGAGACAAUUGAGAGCGAUUUUGAGGACGACGAAUGGGAAACCUCAAAAACCUCCAAAGGACCUAUCGUUAGACUAAAUAACGCGCUAGGUGCCCUAAUGAGUGCCUAUGUAUCUGAUGACGAAAUGGAUGAUAUUAUACCAGAAGUCAAAUUAAAAAGUUCAAAAACGGUAGAAUCUCAAAGUGUAAGUGAUAAUGAGGCUCCUCUGGAAGUAAAAAUACUUAAAACACAGCCCACAGCAGAGCUACCAACACAAGAGACUGAAAAAACCAAAAUCACACCUGAAAGAAUGUCUAGGAAGCAGCAGAUGAAACAAAAAAGGAAGGAAUAUGCGGAGAGAAAAAAAAACAAAAGACAGCAAUUCAAGAAUACGGAAAAUAAAGAUUUUCCGCACGAUAAUUUUAAAAGGCGGAAAGUGACGCUACUGGAGAAAUUGUUGGAAAGUGAGAUUAUACAUGAAAGAAAUGUUUUGUUGCAGUGUGUUAGGUUUGCUGUUGAGAAUAAUUUUUUCAUUAAAAGUUAAGAAAUAUUGUGAUACCU